AUGUUUGGAGAAAGAAGCCCUGCGCUGGCUUUUGUUGGUCACGACGAUCAACUACCCUCUCCAAUGAUAAUCCCAAGAAGAUUCGCUACCAUCGCUGAGGCAAGAGGAUGUCUGGAUUUCCUUGCAAAUGCCGUCUUCAGCUUCCGCGGUAAAUUGCUCCAGCUUGUUUCCACAAAGUUGGACAACCAAAAUACCAUUUAUGACUCGGACUUGGUGUCCCAUCUCUGCAUGUAUCAUGCAUGUGCUAGAACAACAGAGUUGAACCCGUUUCUCAAAAUGACAGAGGAGAUGACUGAGCUCAAAUCUGAUCUUGAAGCGUGGUUGGGCGCUUUCAAACUUCUUUCCAGGGGAGCCCUUCAUUCUUACUCAUUGCCUGUGAUAUUGCUCGAGGUCCAGCAUUUUUACGUAUAUUUUCUAAUUUCCACCUGUCGCGACACACACGAAAAGCUUUGCGACCACUUUGACGAGCAUUUCAGGCGUGUCGUACAACUUGCAGGAAGGUUCAUCAGCAAUAUCCAGAGUACCGACCCUUCAUCCUCCUUACCUUGUCUCACAUUCACUCUCGAGUCUGGUAUUAUUCCGUCACUUUACCUUGUUGCUCUCAAAUGUCGAACCCACUCAAUCAGGCAAGAAGCUAUUGCCUUAUUGUACAAGUCAAGAUGCCAGGAAGGAAUGUGGGAGAGUUCUUUGAUAGCCAAGUUUGUUGCAGAGAUCUCUAGGUUGGAGUACGAGCGGGCCUGCGCAUUGGAGGAGAGCUCGGAAUACGCUUUUCGAGUUAUACCGGAAGCCGCUCGCUUCACUGAUAUUCUCCUGGCUCUGACGGAAACUCCAGGGGUUGCCCGAUUGGUCUGUGCCCGCUAUUUACAUGACGCUAUGGGAGAUAUUGAGAUCUCGGAUUUUAUUUUCAAACUCUAG